AUGCUUCCCGGACGGUGUCUGUUCUGGGGCUUGCUGCAUGUGGCCACCCUGAACCUCUCCUGCCAGCUCGUGCUCUCCCAGAAAGGACGGAAGAAAAUCGUGCAUGUCUCCGAAGACGACGUCGGUGCCGUCGUGGUCCAGACGGCACCGGGGAAGGUGGUGACUCACCGGGGUGGAACCAUCAUCCUGCCCUGCCGCUUCCACUAUGACAUGUCGGCCCACAACCCCGACGAGAUCCGUUUGAAGUGGACCAAAAUGGUGGAGCCCAUGUCGUUUGAGGAUGUCUUCGUGGCCUUGGGCACAGAGCGCAGGGCCUUUGGCAGCUACCGGGGCCGGACGGCGCUGCAGGAGGACGGGGCAGGUGACGCCUCGCUCAUCAUCAGGAAUGUCACCCUGCAGGACUACGGGCGUUACGAGUGCGAGGUGACCAACGAGCUGGAGGAUGACGCCGGGAUGGUGAAGCUGGACCUGGAAGGGGUCAUAUUUCCUUACCACCCCCGGCUGGGGCGCUACACCCUGAAUUUCCACGAGGCACAGAAGGCCUGCCUGGAGCAGGAUGGGAUCCUGGCUUCCUACGACCAGCUCCAUGAGGCCUGGCUGGACGGGAUGGAUUGGUGCAACGCCGGCUGGUUAGAGGACGGUUCUGUGCAGUACCCAAUAUCCAAGCCCAGGGAUGAGUGUGGCCGAAAAGAUACCCCUGUGGGGGUGAGGAACUACGGGUACCGGCACAAAGAUGAUGAACAUUACGAUGCUUUCUGUUUCACCUCAAACCUUGACGGAAAAGUCUACUUCCUGAAGACCUAUCGCAAGGUGAGCUUCCCGGAAGCCGCCCAGGCCUGUAAGAAGAAUGGAGCCACUGUAGCCAAGGUUGGCCAGCUGUACGCUGCCUGGAAGAUCCAGCUACUGGACAAAUGUGAGGCCGGGUGGGUCAGUGACGGAAGCAUCCGUUACCCCAUCGUCAACCCACGAGCGCGCUGCGGAGGUCGUGAGCCUGGUGUUCGCAACCUUGGAUUCCCGGAUAAGAAAUACAAGCUCUUUGGAGUGUAUUGCUUCAAGGCAGCCAACCAUGGAGGGUCCAAGAAAAAAGGAAAGGAGGGGACAGGCAUGUGGAAACCUUUCCAGGUGUAA